AUGGGCUGGCUUGCUGACUGGACCUCCCGAAAACGAUCCCUGAUGGUUGCCGUGGUCAUCUUUAUUGUAGGAUCCUCGAUUCAGACCGCAGCAGUCAACUACGAUAUGCUCACUGCCGGGCGCUUCUUUGGCGGAGUCAGGAUUGGAAUGCUUUCGAUGAUUGUGCCUGUCUAUAUUUCCGAGAUCUCACCUCCGGAGAUUCGUGGGACGCUUCUGGUUUUUGAGGAACUAUCAAUCGUCGUGGGAAUCAUUGUUGCCUUUUGGAUCACAUACUAG